AUCCACUGCGCCGCUGCAUUUCUGUCCAUUUGUUCCUUUACCUUCUCUCUCUAUGUUAUGCUUAUCUUCUUGCACCGGUUUUAAUCCUCUUUCUGCCUCAGGAAUGGAAGGAUUAUGUUCUCAUGUCCAAUUUUUUGGAUCGUUGUUUUUGUUUGAUCCUUUUUAAAGAAACUGCUUGUGAUGCAAGUGAGUAUUUAUCCCAAGCAAUAGGGUUAAGGAAGGCAAGUAAGUUCUUUAAACUUAAUAUUUUCAAUAUAUAAACCUAAUGAACUGUGCAUAAUAAAUACUUGGUCCGUUCUUAAGUGUUUGUCCACUUUUGACUUUUGGAACUGUUCAUCUAAACACUUUAACUCAUCAAAUUUCCUCAAUGUGUAAGCCUAACAAUAGUUAUGUAUGAAUUUGUUUGAUUCGUCUUAACAUAUAGAUUAUUAAUAUAUAAUUUUAAUAAUUUUUUAAUAUACAAGUUACAAGAUAAAAUGGAUUAAAGAAGUGCAUUGGAUGGUGUGCAAAAAUGAAAGUGGACAAACACUCAGGGAUUGAGGGAGUAAAAGACAUCAAUAUAUAUUCCUAAUGAAAUGUGAUUACUAAAAUAAAAGACGUAGAAUAAUAUACAGUGUGAAUUGAAGUGUGUAUACCUGUGUUCGUAUGGAAUCUCUUUCUUUUCCCUCUGUCUUUGUACCUGUGUUCGUAUGGAAUCUCUUUCUUUUCCCUCUGUCUUUGCCAUUGGACGAUGAACUCUUCAUUUGAUUGCUCAGUGUAGAUAUUAUGGCUCUCUGGUACAAAAGAAAGAAAGAUUUAUGGGAGUUAAAUAGAACACAAUUGCUAGGAUAUAUCUAAUAUUUAUAAAUAUACAAAUAUAGAAAUAGACAACAAGGGUGUCCACCACUGGUAAUAAUUAAAUAAUACUUGGAAGUGUAUGUUAGUGGUUAUUCAUGUAUGAGACAUACCAUGGACUAAAUCCAAGGCCAUAUCUUGUCAUGUAAUCCGACUAAGUUGAUACAUUGAAUGACUACGAAUUUUGAUGGAGGUACUGAAGAUAUUUUAAAUUAGGUGAUUAGUUCAAACUCUUUCAAUUUUGGCUAAGUAAUUUUCUUUAACCAAUUUUUUCUUCAGUCAGUUGAGUUGCAUUACUUGAGUUUCUACAGAGUAAUUUUUGGAUUAGAAUCCAGAUUUUUUACUUUCAAUAAUGGAAUCCUCAAAUGCUUUUGAACUUGAUAAAAAACUGCAACCACUGCACCAAUGAGGGGAAUCAUAAUCAUAAUGAAUACAAUGGGCUCUGCCAUUUUCAAUGAACAUUGUUUGGGGAAUCACAAUGAAUACAAUGGUUUGGAACCGUGCCACCUUCAAUGAACAUGGUUUGGGGUCUGUUGUGAAUAUUCUGAAGAUUCAAUGAGCAUGGUUUUGGGCUGUGUCAUCAUCGGUGUUAUCACUGUGGCCCGGUUUGCAAGGUCCGGAUUGUACAUGUUUACCAUCACUGUGGCUGGAUUUAUUGAUGCAAUGAAUGUUGGGGCAGGGGAGAGGGCUUUCAUCCGUGUAGUACCUGGAUGGACUUAUUAUAUUGAGAUGAAAUGUACUAGUAUAUGUUUUGUUUAGAAGUGAUUGUAUAUAUGUUUACAGAAUGAGAUGCAAUGUAUAGCUACCAUGUGUACCAAAGUGUUUAUAGACAUUAGAUUCUCAUUUCUGGCGGGAAAAUUGAGGAAUGCAAUUGUACUGAAUUUUCAUUCAGCUUUUAUAUAUAUAUAUAGUAGAAUAGUAGAUAGUAGACUAGGUUGCUACCAU